UCUCCGCGCUGAGAAAGAGCAGGAGUUAGAGGCUGGGAAGAGUGUGAAGUGCCAUUCCAGAAGGGAUGUAACCGAAUGAGAGAGGGAGAGACAGGCAGAGAGAGGAGAGACAGAGAGAGAGAGAGAAAGAGGCAGGGGAAGAGGAGGAGGUGGAGGAGGAAGAAGAAGAAGAAGAAGUAGAAGCAGAAGAAGAAGUAGAAGAAGAAGAAGCAGAGGUAGAAAACGAAUAAGCAGGAUAUGAAGAGGAAAUGCUCGGCAGGAUUGCAUUGCACUGAUGGUCAGAGCAGGGGCUUUUCCAGGGAACAUCUAAAAGUGAAGAGCUGCAAGAUAUGAUCCAGCCAUAUCUCACAGUGGGGUGACAGUACUAUGAUUUGGUAUGUGGCCACUUUGCUAGCGGGUGUAAUCAGCACAAGAGGUUCGGCAGCUCAAGGUGCUCGCAGUUCAAGGGAGGAGCCUCAGUUUGUGACCGCCCGUGCUGGUGACAGCGUGAUUCUAGGAUGUGACGUGGUGCACCCAGUGUCAGGACAGCAACCCCCUUAUGUAGUAGAGUGGUUUAAGUUUGGAGUUCCCAUCCCAAUAUUCAUCAAGUUUGGCUUCUAUCCCCCUCAUGUGGAUCCUGAAUAUGCAGGUCGGGCCAGUCUAUAUGACAAAGCAUCGUUGCGAAUCGACCAGCUUCACUCAGAGGACCAGGGAUGGUAUGAGUGUAAGGUGCUUAUGUUGGACCAGCAAUACGACACAUUCCACAAUGGCAGCUGGGUAUACGUCACAGUGAAUGCUCCCCCUACAUUCACGGAAACUCCUCCCGUCUAUGUGAGAGCCAAGGAAGGAAGCAGCAUCACCCUCACAUGCACAGCAUUCGGGAACCCCAAACCUGUUGUGAGCUGGCUGCGAGACAAUGUGUUGCUUGAGACCACUCGGAAAUACACGGUGAGUGAUGGAAGUCUUACCGUUUCCUCAGUGGGCCGAAGUGACCGUGGUCCUUACACCUGCCGAGCUUACAGUAUUCAGGGAGAGGCCGUCCACACAUCUCGCUUGGUCGUUCAAGGUCCACCUUUUAUCAUCUCUCCUCCAGAAAAUAUAACAGUGAACAUAUCCCAAGAUGCCUUCUUCACCUGCCAGGCAGAAGCAUGUCCCGAAAACUUAACUUACACCUGGCUCUGGGAGGAUGAAAAUGUCUUCUUCAAGAGUGACCUGAACCUGAGGGUGCGGAUUUUCGUUGAUGGAAUGUUGAUCAUCUUCCGAGUCAAGCCUGAAGAUGCUGGGAAGUACACUUGUGUACCUAGCAACAGUUUUGGGCAUUCUCCUUCAGCCUCGAGUUACUUGACAGUUCAGUAUCCAGCACGAGUUGUCAAUAUGCCUCCCGUCAUUUAUCUGCCAGUUGGAAUGCCCGGAUAUAUCAAGUGCCCAGUGGAUGCAGAUCCUCCAGCAACCCAGGUCAAGUGGACUAAAGAUGGACGGCCACUGAAGAUUGAAAAGUUUCAUGGUUGGAGUUUGCGGAAUGAUGGGACCAUUGCUCUGGAGGAAUCCACAGAAGAAGCUCUGGGCACUUACACCUGCAUGCCUUACAAUGCUCUUGGUACCAUGGGCCAAUCUAGCCCUGCUCGACUGGUGCUUAAGGACCCCCCUUACUUUACGGUGCUACCAGGCUGGGAAUAUCGACAGGAGGUCGGUCGAGAACUGGUCAUUCCAUGUGCUGCUGCAGGUGAUCCAUUCCCUGUAAUCUCCUGGAGGAAGGUAGGGAAGCCCAGUAAAAGCAAGCACAACAUCCUUCCAAGCGGCAGCCUCCAAUUCAAAGCUCUCAGCAAAGAGGACCACGGACAAUGGGAAUGUGUUGCCACUAAUGUGGUCACAAGCAUCACUGCCAGCGCACAUCUAACUGUAAUCGGCACAAGUCCACAUGCUCCAAACAAUGUUCGAGUGACAGCCACAAUGACCUCUGCUAAUGCCACCUGGGACCCCGGUUACGAUGGUGGUUAUGAGCAGACAUUCACAGUCUGGGUAAAGAGGGCUAUGCUGGGACCCCAUGACUGGCUUUCGUUGCCUGUAUCCACAGGCCUUACCUGGCUGUUGGUGGAGGGCCUGGAGGCUGAGACUGCAUAUCAGUUCAGUGUGCUAGCACAGAAUAAACUUGGCACAGGGCCCUUCAGCGAAGUCGUCACUGUGAACACACUGGCUUUCCCUAUAACCACCCGAGAACCACUGGUGCUGCUUUCUCCACCAAGGUGCCUAACAGCCAAUCGAACACACCAAGGAGUAUUGCUGUCUUGGCUUACACCAGCCAACCAUAGCUAUCCGAUCAGCCAUUAUAUCAUGGAGUUCCGUCUGGGAGAACGGUGGGAGAUUUUAGAUGAAGCAAUACCAGGCACUGAAACCGAAUUGCUGACCAAGGAGUUAUCUCUGGACUCCUGGUAUGAAUUCCGUGUAAUGGCUGUCAUGCAGGACCUGAUCAGUGAGCCAAGCAAUGUGGUCGGGGUUUCUAGCUCAGACAUCUUUUCACCGCCUGAGGUGCUGGAGGAAGGCUUGGCGCGUCCAGUUGUGGCUGGGAUUGUCGCCACCAUUUGUUUCCUGGCUGCAGCCAUUUUAUUCAGCACUCUGGCUGCAUGCUUUGUGAACAGGCAGAGGAAGCGGAAAAAUAAGAGAAAGAGGGAUCCUCCUCUCUCAAUAACACACUGCCGAAAGAGUGUGGAAUCCCCAUCUUCCUCAGGAAAGGUGAGUCCUGAAAGCGUCAGGACACUCCGAGCUCCAUCAGACUCCUCUGAAGAUGCUCAAGCCAUACAUGCCAAGAUGAUGAGUCCUGGCAGGGAAAGGGAAAUGUCCUUGUACAAAAAGACAAAGCGAGCAAUAACCAGCAAGAAGUACAGUGUCUCCAAGCAUGAGGCUGAGGCUGAUGUCACUACCCCCAUCGAGCUAAUCAGCAGAGGCCCGGAUGGACGCUUCAUUAUGGACCACACAGGGAUGGAGAUAUCAUUGAAGACUAGGAGGAUUGAGGGCUUCCCCUUUGCAGAAGAGACGGAAACGUAUCCUGAAUUCCGGCAGUCCGAUGAGGAAAACAAUGACACAUUAACUCCUACUGCCAUUAUGUGCUUGAAGUCUCAGCUUUCACCUCUUUCAUCCAGUCAAGACUCAUACUUACAGCCACCAGCAUACACCCCGUCAUUCCAGAAUGCAGACGAAUGCAUGGGAAGCUUAGAAGCCAGGCUACAGGCCACCGGUCAGACCAGGAGACUUGCUAAAGGUUACCCACACAGCCAGUUUUAUGGCUACCUCAGCAGUAGCUCAGCAGACCAAGAUGGUCAGCCAUUUUACAUGCCAGAUAUCAGUCCCCUCAGUUCAAUGAUGUCUUCACCUCUAUUACUUGCUGAAGGACCCUAUGGUCAUCCCACCCUCCCUGCAGAUCACGGCGACCCUGAUGGACAGCAUUUGGUCACUUCCAGCAGCACCCUGCCUUUGACUCACACGCCAACCACUAUGCGGUCUCCUGAGCCAUGGAGAAGGAAUAAAUUGUCUAUCAGCAGCAUUGAGAGCUCUCCAGUUAUGUUCUCACACCAUCAAGAUACACCUGAGAGUACACUGCCAAAGGCUGGUCUUCCGAGGGGUGGGCCCCCUUACUCACUCCAGGUCUCAGCACCGUACCACAGUGUGCUGUAUCUGGAGGCACCAAAGUGUCAGACUGGCAAAGCUUCCAGUAAAUCUAAAGGAUCUGCCUCUCUCUCUCAAAGACAUCCGCAUCAACCUAUGCAAGAGACCAGCCACGGGCAGCUAAAGCAUACCAGCCAUGGUAUAAGUGCACCCACAUUGCCUUACACUGAAUCAGCCAGACAGGCUGUUGCCAGUGGCACAAGCACAUUCAGUCUGGACAGCAGGUGGUACGAACCAAGACCCAGGCCCAGACCUAGCCCUAGGCAAGGCAGAAGGACUGAGGCCAGUUUACACCAGGUGGUUCUACAGCCUUCUCGGCUCUCCCCUUUGAGUCAGAGUCCUCUGAGUUCCCAUCACGCCUCCCCAGAGAACUCCUCCCGCCCUCGACCACGACCCAGUAUCAUGCAGCCCUCCCGAGGCAUCUUUCCUGCAGGUAUCUCUGUGGAGAUGUCUGAAAUUACCCUUCAGCCUCCUGCUGUUGUUAGCUUAUCCAGAAGGUCCUCUCUAUCCUCCUCACCAGCACAAAGCAGCACUGCUGGCCAGGGCAGCAGACGAGGAAGCCCCAGUUAUAGACCUCACAUGGCACUGACACCUUCGACAGGCAGCUACACAGGAUCCCUCUCUCCUGCAACAGGCCACAGCGAGUUUUAUAGUCAGAUCCCUUCCCAAAGGUGGAGAGGUGAAGACAUUCCUCCUUUUGAACACCCACCUUCACACUUAUCUACUUCAGGAGAACCAGCAUCUGACAGAGUGCACAGUGAUCUGGACUUCAAUUUGCCAGGAGGCCUCCAGAUACACAUGGUGAGGCUGCUGUACCUGCGAGCUUUGAAGGACUGAGAAAUCAACGUGUGAGAAAGCCCAAGAAGGCAACCCAGCUCCCCUCAAAACCACGGCGAAAAAACAGUUUUCCAAUCUCACAGGUCCAGCAGCCCAGUGAAUCUCAGGUUCUCCAGCCCCAAGGCAUUCUCUACCUCCAAAAGAAGAAGAGACACUCUCGUCAGGACCCGUAUGGUUAUUUUUCUGCCAUGAAGGAAGAGUUUCAAAAGUACAGACACCAGCCUGAGGAUGAAGUGGCCAUUCUGGGGAUGGUGGAUCAUGAAGAACAACAAGGGCAGACAACCCUGCUUAAGUAAUAGAUAUUAGUUUAACAAAAUAUUUGACACGAAUUGUGAAUCAAUGUACAGAAUGUGUUUCUCAGCUCGGAGAAGUCAAGUACAGACCCUGUGGUAGAAGUUAGCCUCAUGGAAACAGCAGUAUUAUAGUGCUAUUUUCGUAGCUACCUUUGCCACCAUUCAAAGUAUCAGCACCAUAUUCAUAUAUAUCCCUGGAAAGGUCUAAUUAAAGGGUGGCAAUAUUUUGAUUUGCCAACCUACUUAGUUUAAGUGCUUGAAGAAAUUGCUGUGAAGAAACAUGUAGUUUGUAAUAAGUUUAUGCCAAGAAUAUGGAAACAUGUCUAAAUGGGGAAUAUUUAUCUGUCCAUCAAUACCAUAUCCCCUCCAAGAUGACUUCAUAGUAUCAACAUAACAGGUCAGUCACUGAUGGCAUAUAUCCUGUGAAAUGGUUUGUGUGUUUCUCCAGAUCUUGCUGCUUUGCAAUGUCACAGUUUUUAAUAGAUACAUAAGCUCCAUCUCAAUCUACCAUUUAAGAUGGCAUCAUUCCGGUGCUGAAUUUAUUGUUUAUGUACAGUACAUCUAACCAGUGAAGUUAUACGUCAACAAAGGGAAGAUCUAUAAUGGAAAUUUAAUGCGGGAUGGCACAAGCUUCUUGCCAUUUGUUAAUAUUUGUCUGGCCCUUUUCUAAUUUCUACUGAAAGGCCCUCAUAUUCAUUUUAUUGGUCUCAAUUAAUAAAAUCCUUUUUCUGUUAAAUGCCAUCGGACAUGAAAAAUGUUAAAUGCUACAUAAGGUGGUUCUAAUUCAUUUAUUAGCUUUUAUAGUUUCCACUUUAGCUCAACAUCACAAUUUUCACAAUUGUAUAUUGAGUGAGUGUGACAAAUUGGAUUUAAGAGGUGCAUAACAACUAUGAGAGAUUCACCCAAAUGGUGCUGUCAAACAUUCUAUUAAAGCAGGUAAGGAGGUGAAGGAAAUAAUUUGUUCACCUUGUUCAAGGUUAUUUUAAAACUAUUACUACGCUGACAGGACUGACAAUCAUUGUCUUUAAAUCAUCCCACGAGUUUUCAAUUUGAAAACCUGCCUUUGGCAGUUGAUUAACCCAUUAUGUUUUUUAUCAAUGAAAUCACAUUUGAUAGUUUGUCAGGUGCGUGUUGCCAAGUUAAAUAAUCGUUAGUGGAUUAAUUCAUUCCUUCGCCUCCUCCUCCUGUACUUGUAAAGCCCUGUAUUAAUUUUUACAAUAUAAAAAUGGCAAUAAAGCAGGUUUCUAUCCAUGAAGUUGAAUGCUAUCAUUGGGACAGAACAUCCCUUCAUCAAUCCUGUGACCUAUAUAAUUAUAUAUGGAGAUUAAUGUUGGUAUUCUUUGGUAUGAUGUCCAAUUAUAAAGAACUGGUAACAAACCUGAUCAGUUACUUUCAAUUUUUAUUAAAUCAGCAAACAUCCUGUGUUAUCAGUGCCUGUUUGUAUGAGAUCCAUAAACUAAUUGAUGUUUGAAUUCCUUGGCUUUCAAGAGGAUCAAAUGGAUUUUUUAUCAAGGAAAUUGAUUGAAAAUUACUAUCAGAAUUUCCAGGGCAAACCUUUGAAUAUUGCAAAUACAAAGGUAAUUAAAUAUUGCAGUUCUGAUAAACAAUUGGAUAUUACGAAAGUAAGCUUCCCCUAAUACUCGGAUAUGAAUUAAUAAAAUGUCAAUGGAAUAUUCACAUUGUCACAAUAAAUCUGGCAUUUAAUAAACUAGCAAUCAAAAAGUAAA